UGAUCGCUGUCAUCACACACAGACACACACACACACACACACACACACACACACACACACACACACACACACACACACACACACACACACACACACACACACACACACACACACACAUACACACACACACACGCCUUUCGGCGUGUCGUAGACAAAUCAACAUCCGCGGAUUAUAAUGACAUUUAGUGAGGUUUAAGACCAACGUUGAGAUUUGUUUAGCUCCUUGUGAGAUCCCUUGAAGCACAAUGGCAGCGUGAUAGCGUUACAGCGUUACCGCGUUAUAGCGCAUAUCGCCCAGGCGCUGAAAAAGCCGGAGCUUGCAUUUCACCGACGGGUCGAGACGCUGCGGUCUGGCAGUAUUCCCUUUAUUCUGGGUGGAAUCCACCGGUGACAGCAUCCAUGGCGAAGACGGUGACUACAUCACCGACACUCAUAACAGGUGAGCCAAGGACCCCAACCUCACCCUGUCUCCUCCCCGACAAGAGGUCCCCCAGCAGUGGGAACAGCUCUCCGGCACGCGUGGGCUCUGCUGGGAAGACAACCCCGUCCACAGAACGGAAGCCGCAGAUCAACGGGCAUCCUUCACCUUUACAUCUACCAUCGAGCCACCACAACCAUGAUACACUGCUGGAAGGCUACCUGAAGACAGAUGACCGAAUGCGUUUGGCCAAAGAGAGACGUGAAGAAAGAGAAAAAACCCUGGUGGCACGGGACCAGCUGGUGAAGGAGAAGGAGCGGCGUGCGCGGCUGCAGUACGAGCGCACGGUGGAGGAGCGCUGGAGGAGGCUGGAGGAGCAGAGGCAGAAGGAGGAGCUGAGGAGGUCCGCCGUCGAGGAGAAGAGGAGGCAACAGCUGGAGGAGGAAAAGGAGCGUUUGGAGGCUCUGAUGAAGAGAUCUCUGGAGCGAAGCCUGCAGCUGGAGCAGAGGAACCGACGCUGGAACCGAGGAUACCCUGUUAGUGGCCCAGGUGACAGUGAUAACCCACCCCCUCUCUCCGCUGCCUCCGCCCUCCCCCAUGGCAUUGCCUCCCCCCUUCCUGCUUCCAGCGAAUCUGCCCCCUGCAGCCCCCACAGAUCACCGUACCGCGGCACACUGAACCCAGCCGACCACAACAGAGCCAGCCUCCAGGGAGGCUCUCAGUCCACCCCCAACACCCCCAAGAAACAGCGCUUUCGGAGGGACAGACGGACGGCUUCUCCAGCGUUCGGCUCUCCUCUGAGGAGACCAGACUCCCCGGCCCACUCCGGGAGGCAGUUCACCUGCCCCUCCUCCUCCAAAGUGACAUCCAAAAUGAGAACUGCAUCUCCUUGCUCAGCACGCCACCAGACUCCGUCCCCCAUAAGACACCAGUCCAACCUCGUAACCAACGGCGACAGAUCCAAAUCCAGAAGGAGCGGCGGCCGCUGUGAGGAAUCCAAAAUGGACACCUCUGUGAAGAGGAAUAGUAGUGCAGAGAGCCCGGAACCAUCUACGGUACAGACGGCGAGAAACAAGGAGAAACCUCUGGUCGAUGCUGGGACCAGUAAGGGCACAGGGAAUGAGACUUCAGGGAAGGUGUCUGCCGGUGCUACUAAUGCUGAGGAGGCGUCCAGGCUGCUGGCUGAGCGCCGGCGCCAGGCCCGGGAGCACAAGGAGCUGGAGGACAAGCGGCAACAGCAGGAGAAGGAGGAGCGCCUGAAGGCAGAAGCACUGAGGAGGGAGCUGCAGAAGAGGCUUCGGCUGGAGAAGGAGGAGAGGGACAAACAGGAGGAACUCAUCCGACAGCGUGAGGAAGAGGAGAAGAAACGACAGAAGGAGGCGCAGGACAAGGAGCUGCAGAUCCAGAAGGAGAUAGAGAAAGAAAAAUGUAAGGAAGAGGAUGGAGAGGAGACCGAACGGCAACGCCAAGAGCGGGAGAUCCAGAAGAUACAGGAGGAGGAGGAGAGAAACCUCAGGAAGAAGCGCAUCGAGGAAAUCAUGAAGAGAACGAGGAAGGGCGAGGCAGACUUGAAGGAGGGACAAGUGGAGAUGGUGUCUCCCUCAAUACCAGGGGAGCUCAGGACCAACGUUCACACGAGUGAAAUGGCAAACGAGCAAGCCAUCCAAAAGGUCACAUUACAGGUCAGAGCCCAGCUAGCAGCCCAGGCCAACCUGAAGAACCAGGGAUCCCCAAAGAAAGAGGUGAAGACAGAAACCACGACGAUGCAGAAGGAGCUGGCGCCAGGGCCGGUCGAAGUGAACAGCGUCCGCAAGCAGGAGAGUGUCACAAAGAACGCUCCAGAACAGGCGGUGAACCCCGGGGCGUCCACCUCACCCCAGGACGCCCCGGUCACCACAAACGUUGACGCGAGGGAGCAAGAAAGACAGGAGGUCGCCCGCAAACCCGAAGAGAAAGACGUCACACAGGGGAGCCCCCAAACGAACAAAGAGCUGUCGAGGCAAGCCGACACCAAAGCACACCAACGAGAGAGCGUGGUUUCCCACGAGAAGAACGCAGAGCACCUGGCCCACACCAAGACCCAGAACCAACGCAACGCCGCAGAGGGCGGCCAGCAGAACGGAGUGGGGGUAGAAGGGAGCGGCGCAGGGGCGUCGACCCCUGAGCGCAGGGGUCACGGGGGGGCGGGGGAGACGAAGGAUACACUGAGAGCGUCUCUCAAGCUGCUGUCGGUGGGACGUCCCACCCCGCCCACCAUCACCCUGGAGCCGCUGAACGUCAGGGGUCCAGGGUCUGGGGACGAGGUCCAGUCCAUGGAAGUCAGCCCGGUGUCCAAAGAGGAAUUGAUCUCCAUCACUGAGUUCUCGCCGAUAAACGAGGCCCAGAUCCACAGCGUGAGCAACAGCUGUGCCCUGGAAGACCUGUUAGACCUGACCGGCACCGCAGCCUACUCCAGACUCACUUCCGAAAGCCACGGAGGUGGAGACCUCAACAAGAACCUGAUCCAGGGUGUGGUCAGCCCCAUGGCCGAGUCCAAAGCCAUUCACACCUCCUCUGCUUCAGUCGUAUCCUCCAAGAAGCUCAGCAUCCAGUAGAGCCGAGGAGAGGUCUUUAAGGUCCAUAGGGUCCUACUAGGGAUAGUGUGUGGGGUUGAGGUGUAUGUGUGUGUGUGUGUGUGUGUGUGUGUGUGUGUGUGUGUGUGUGUGUGUGUGUGUGUGUGUGUGUGUGUGUGUGUGUCUGUGUGUCUGUGUGUGCGUGUAUGUGUACAGAAAUCUACAGGCUCAGGUAUCUCUUAUGCUGUUGGACUGAAGGUUUUCAGUAGUUAAUUAGUUUAGAGAGAGGGAGAGAGAGAGAGAGAGAGAGAGAGAGAGAGAGAGAGAGAGAGAGAGAGAGAGAGAGAGAGAGAGAGAGAGAGAGAGGGGGGGAGAGAGGGAGAGAGAGAGGGAGAGAGAGAGAGAGAGAGAGAGAGAGAGAGAGAGAGAGAGAGAGAGAGAGAGAGAGAGAGAGAGAGAGAGAGAGAGGGGGGAGAGAGGGAGAGAGAGAAAUUGCUUUAUGGUUUGAAGGGGGAAAUUACAGCAAAAUGUGAUCAUGUAAUGAAUGUGUGUGUGUGUGUGUGUGUUUUUGUGUAUUUGUCUGUGCGUGUGUGUGUUUGUACAUCCAAUAGUUCAAGGUAGACAAGGGUAGAUCGACAACAAAGUAACACUUUUCUCUAGCUUUUACUCAUCCAGAAUGUUAGAAAACAGAGCUCAUCACAACCUUGUGUCGUUGCUCAUCUAUGUUGUAAUAUUAUGUCUAGUGUCUUGUUGGAUGAGGCUGCUGCAAGGCUAAUCCUGAAGGCUGUGUUAAGUGCUUAUCUGUCCACAUUCUUUAUCAAACCCAAACCUAGUCCACAGACAGACAGGCAUGGCAAUGCAGUGCACGUCUAUUCCAACCCCUGAUUGGCUACUUCUCUCAGAUAAUGACUUCCUUAGCUCUUUGUAAUGGCCCAACGACGCCUUUUAGCUCCUUUUAAGCACGCAUGUGAGAGUGAGUGAAAUAGAUUGAAUUCCAAUUGAUCUGAUCAGCAGAUCCACAGUACUGUGACUGCUUGUUCAGAUGAAAUCAGACCGGAUCUGCCAAUAAAGUUGCCUGUUUAUGAUUGGUUGAGGCUUUGAUUACACCCUCAAUUUAUUGAAAAUAAUUAAUGAAUGUGACAUCCCGGAGGUAAUUGGUAUUUCUUAUUUAAAACCACAAAUGUUGCAUUUAUGUUCCAGUCACUGCCCUUUCAUGGAGGGUUCUGUUCACAAGAAAACCUAAUCUAUUCAUAAAUUCCGUAAUGCGACAACAUAUGAUUGUUUAACAUAUAUGCCACUUCUGUUUCAUUUUCUUGCCCCAAAAAUAAUGUUGAGCAAACAAUCUAUAUUUUAUUUUGCAUGUUGCACUAUUCUAUUAACUGUUCAUUGUUAGCAGUUCAGGGAGGAUCUAUAUCAAAGACACAUGUAUCUUUAAAGUCCUCAAUAGCUUAGCAAUCAGUAUCUCAGUAUUUGCUGUAAGAAAUCAUUUGCGUCUUGAUUUUUGUCCUGCCCCGAUUAUCUAUGUCCCUAAAUGUAAAUGGGGGACUUUGUAAAGAGGCAAUGUGUACAAUUUAGAUUGUAGACUUUAGUGAAAUAGUUUAGUUGAAUUUACUCAAAACACAACUUUACAGCGUAAACAUGACAACAGCUAGUGGAAUCGUACACAGUGAUGUUUCAAUGUAAUUUGCCAUAUAGCAUAUAUUUUGGGGUGUCUCUGAGACUUGAGAUUUUCUUCUGGCCAUUUGGUUUUCAGGAUGUUGACAAUCAGGUUUGUUGCCGUAUUAUAUGAUGCAUUAUCUGUAUGUACCUUUUAGUUUGGCCAUAGCAGCUGUAGACUGUGUGCCAUGCAGCAACAUUUGAGUCUGGGCCUAAAUGCACCAAGAUUGCACCAUUCACUGUAAUAAUGACUGGCACUGAGAGUGACUUCAUGAGCUGACAAAAGUUUGUAUUGUUAUAUGGAGUCAAUUAAAACUCUAAACUACAUGUAUCCAGAAACAAAAUAGGCAUAUUAUAUUAUCUACCUUAGGAUUUUAGAAUUUAGGAGGAAGAUAUAUAUAUAUAUAUAGAUAUAUAUAUAGAUAUAUAGAUAUAGAUAUAGAUAUAUAGAUAUAGAUAUAGAUAUAUAGAUAGAUAUAGAUAGAUAUAGAGAUAUAUACAUUUAGGUUUUAAUGUUAAGACAUUAAUGGUACAUUAAUACAAUAAAUACCUUAGAAUCAACAAUUAAAGUCACCUUAUAUCUGAAACUAAUAUAACAAUUGUACUCAUUCUGUGCAUGACCAGCAUGUUACUUCAUCUGAUUCAAUAAAAGCUGAAAUCCC